GAUGAAACGAGGCUUUGCUAUGCACACCCCGGGGUUCUCGAUUUUCAUUUUCCUGUCUUCAGAGGGUCGUCUCUUCUCUCCGUAGCUUGUUGCACUCUGAAUUCGUUUAUUUGAAUUGUUUUGCAUGAGUCACAGGCGCUCGGGGGUUCUCGCCCUCACUUCAUGCGAGUACUGCAACGUUUGUGACAGUCUUUGCAAAGCGACCAGUGGUUGGUCUCCCCGCGCUCCAAGGCUCCGCUGUGAACAUAUGUUUUACUCGUGUCGGCAUAAUGUGUACGGAGAUCAAAUGGGCUGCGAAGACCGAAUCUCUAUCCACAUGAAGGGAGGAAGGUCCUUGAUGACAACACACCCUCAUUUAGUAUCCACAGUGUACCCAGAUCAAGCCACAGCAGCAUCCUGCACGCACAGCUACAGAAAACCGCAUGCUGCAUCCUGUAACUAUCAGGGGAUCACCUGUACACAGUGUGGAAUGGGGGACCCAGGACCUGGUGGAGGCGCAUCGGGCGAGGUGGUCGGCGGACGUACGCGGAAAAGAAUCCUCGACCCACUGGAGUUCCAUGAGGAUGCUUCAUACAACAUGAGUGAAGCCCUGCUGGCACUACCUGCUGUGCCUAUCUUCAAGCAGGAGGCUUUGUCACCGUCUGGCCAGGAUAAGCAUAAUACAUCAUCUAACCCAGCAACAUUUGAUGAAUCUUCACAGAGCAAUACAACAGAUAGACUGUUCAGGCUCUUGAGCUCCGACAAUUUGACAGAUUGUCCUUCGCCAUCCAUCCAUCAGCUUCUGCAGCAACACAUAACCCCUGGCAUUUCGCAGGGAAACACCUCUCAUGUGACAUCUCAUGGUGCAUCAUCAUCCGCAUGCCUCCCAACUUGCCAUCACUCACAGCAAUCAACCGUCCAGAAUAACACUACAGAUUCUAGCCAGGAAUCUGUUACUCUCUCCAAUCAUGGAAUGUCAUAUGAAGAUAAUAGAUUUCAAUAUAUUUUGGGUGCUGCAACAUCAGUAGCUACAAAAGUGAAUGAAGAAAGCUUAUCGUACCUGAAUCAAGGCCAGUCUUAUGAAAUCAAAGUAAAGAAGUUAGGUGAUCUCACAAGAUGUAAAGGAAAGUUUUAUCACACCAUAAUACGUGUAUGUUUUCAUGAGCGGCACUUGCAGUACAUGGAGAAAGAACAGCUUGAGAGCUGGAGACACAUGCGACCUGGAGAGAGAAUACUGGAGGUUGAUAUUCCAUUGUCUUAUGGUAUAUGUGACGUUGCACAAGAUCCCAAAUCAUUAAACAUGUGUGAAUUUGAUUGGGAUCCAACGAAAGAAGUAGGAGUGUAUAUAAAGGUCAACUGUAUCAGCACAGAGUUUACUCCCAAAAAGCAUGGUGGAGAAAAGGGGGUUCCAUUUAGAAUUCAGGUGGAGACCUAUUCUAAAACUGACUGUGGACAAGAACAGCUUCAUGUUUGUGCCUGCCAGAUCAAGGUGUUCAAGUUGAAAGGAGCUGAUAGAAAGCAUAAGCAAGACAGAGAGAAGAUAUCAAAAAGACCACACUAUGAGCAAGAGAAGUAUCAACCCUCUUGUGAGUGUACUAUCCUAACAGAGCUGUCUCCAGAGGCUGUCUAUGUACCUGCUGCUGAAUCUUCGGCCUCGACUCCUGCCUCAAAUGCAACUCUAAGAACACAGAGUCCAGCAUCUGUAUUGAAAAAUGAAGCAGGUGGCAUAGAUCAAACAAAAUUAGAAAAUGGUGUUCCAACAGACCAAGAAGAAGACCAAGAAAAUCCGGUAAGGAAGAGAUUUCCAAUUACAAGUGACGUGUCUUUCAAGGGGAAAAUAAAAAACCGCAAAGUAAAUAUGACACCGGAAUUCUUUUUUUUUUUCUGUCGCGUGUCUUGAUACAUAUUUGUUUAUGUGUAUUUAGUGUUGCUGGAUGUGGAUAACAUUAGUAACUUGAGAAUAUCUAGUUCAGCAAGUUUAAUUUUCCAUAAAGGAAUUAAUGAUGACAGCACAUAGGUUGGGCAUGCCACUCCUUGAGAUGAUAAUGGCAUAAAGUAAAGUAUUACCUGAUGAAGAAAAUGCAAUGCUUUCCACAUCAUAUGAUCUUUUUUUGGGGAAACCUAAGAUUGAAAAGUAGUACUUAGUACUUAACUGUAGCUUCUUUUGUUGUUUUGCAUGCAGCUCUGGAAUAGCCCAUAAACAAAAGCUUGUGCUGUCAUAUUCUUUUUUAAAGAAAAACUAAAUAUGCUGCAUAUGUCAGCAGAGCUUGCAAAGUAGCUGUUCAGUUUUCACCAGAAAUGGAAAAUUAGUAACAAAGAUCAAAU